UGGGCGGUGAAGAGCUGACCUGAGGCGGCUCCUGGCGAAGCUCCUGUGACCGGCCUGGGUGGCUCCCAGUCUAGGACACCCAGAGGUGCAGAAGAGCAGAUGUAAGCAUGAACAUCUCAUGAACCUUGGAGGGAGUGUACUUAAGGAGCUAUGAAGUGCUAUUACCAUGACAACUGUCUUCACAUCCCUGGGGACUUUAAUGGGACACAAGUAGUCAGACUCAGGAAACAAAAAGCCAAAGGCGCUUCCUGGAGCACCAAAGCGCAACAAGGCCAGCAGUAGGAGUGCGCAGAAGCGCCGUUGCGUCCCCUUUGGGACGUAGCCUGACGUCAUCGGAGGCGGAGUUAGGGGAGGAGCCGCAACCGGCUUGGGGCGGUACUGAGCUGGGUCACGUAGCUCAGGUCCCUGACUUGGGCCACAUCCCGCCUUUCACCGUCCUUUAGUCCCCGCGUGCAAUCCUUCCGCCACAAUGCCGAUGUUCACCGUGAACACCAACGUUCCCCGCGCCUCAGUGCCAGAGGGGCUUCUCUCCGAGCUCACCCAGCAGCUGGCGCAGGCCACCGGCAAGCCAGCACAGUACAUCGCAGUGCACGUGGUCCCGGACCAGCUAAUGACUUUUAGCGGUUCUAGCGACCCCUGCGCCCUAUGCAGUCUGCACAGCAUCGGCAAGAUCGGCGGCGCGCAGAACCGCACCUACAGCAAGUUGCUGUGCGGCCUGCUGGCUGAUCGCCUGCACAUCAGCCCUGACCGGAUCUACAUCAACUAUUACGACAUGAGCGCAGCCAACGUGGGCUGGAACGGUUCCACCUUCGCCUGAGUGCUGGCCUAAUAACUUACCAGCACCGCUGUUCUUGGAGCCUUGCUGCACUCAGCGUUCUGUUUUCGUCCACACGUAGCAAUGCCCACCCUCCGACCGGGAGAAAUAAAUGGUUUAGAGACCACGGUUGCUUCUGCUUCCCUGGUUUG